AUGUUCAAUGCGCUGAACCGUUUCAUCUCGCGCUUGGACGGAGAUGUCCAGCAGCAGAGGCGGGAGGAACGGGGCUCUUUUGGCUUCCAGGUCUUGAGGAACACCAACCUCGAGCUUGCUGUCGAGCCCUGGUUUGACUUUAUUGUUGGCAUCAACGGAAGACCGAUUGAUAACCCUGAGCCCGCCUUGUUCUCCCAAGAAGUGAGGAACUGCGCGGGCAGCACAGUCACCCUCGGGCUAUGGAACGCAAAGGGCCAACGGACUAGGGAAUUGCACGUCCCAGUUCCUGUAGACACGGCGUCGCUCGGCCUCUCCCUCCAAUACGCUCCCCUUGCUCUCGCUGCCAACAUCUGGCACGUCCUCGAUGUCCCCGCCAACUCCCCCGCUGAUGUCGCCGGCCUCUUGCCCUACAGCGACUACAUCCUGGGCAGCCCCGAGGGUGCUCUGUAUGGCGAAGGUGGUCUGGGCGAGCUCGUCGAGGACUUUAUCGGCCGGCCGAUGCGCAUCUGGGUUUACAACAACGAGUACAACGUCACGAGGGAGGUCACAAUACAGCCUAGCCGGGACUGGGGUGGUCAGGGUGCUCUGGGCUGCGUUCUUGGUUACGGCGCCCUCCAUCGGAUACCGCCUCCUCUGAGCGAGCCUGUCGAUGCACCGGGCGAGACAAUGUUCGAUGGAGGAAUCAACGAGAAGAGCGCAGACAUCUUUGUACCCGCUGUUGGGGUGCCUGCUGUUGGAGCUGGAACUACAGAGACACCGCCUCCUCCUUCUGGAGAUUUCCUUGUUCCAGCUCAGAUGAUUGGUACAUCUCCUGUGAGCGCGCCGCCAAGAGGAGGACACAAGAAGAAGGAACGUCACGGUCACAGUCCCAACAGGAUGAUGGACGACUACUUUAAGGAGGAGGAGGAAAAGAGCCGAGCUGUUGACAAUGCUCCGUCAACCACAGGCUCACCACUCCCUCCUCCGCCAAAAGCACACGGUCCCCCCAGGGCCUCUCCCAAGCCGGAGGCACAGGCCGCUGGAGGUGAAGCCGAAUGA